GGGAUAUCACAAGUGAUAUGGUGAAGGAAGUGUGAUUAAUGAGCCCGACAUCAAGGCAGCCGUGCAGCCCCGGAAUCCGGUAUCCUGAGCAAAAAUGUCCCCAGCCCCUACAAGCACGUGCAUCGCAAUAGAUAAAUACAUGACAGUACUAACCGUGGCCACAUAGCAUAUGCUUUUCUCUUCCUGUCGUAGUUGGUUCUCCUCCCGUUUCCUUUUGUGAAAAUUAAACUUCUCUGUGCUUUAAUUUGGUCUUUUCCAGUACAUAAACACCCCAUAGCUGUCAUGCAAAUCUGCAUGCCCAGAACUGAGCAUCUGGCUUUUGUAUGAUGAGGUCGCCGAAAGUGCUUCUUCGCCCACCCCCCGGGGAGGGGAUCCUUCGCCUGUGGCGCUGGGUACGGGUGUCCACUACAUGAUGAUGACGCGGCUCCGCGUGACGGGCAUUUUCUGAUUGUGUUUGAUACCUUGAUGUCAUGCGCGAAUCAGGAUGAGAAAGUGGAUUUGUGAUGCGUCAUGGCGACCUAGGAAGGGCAAUGCUGCGUCCCCAAAAUUAGCAUGAGCCAGUCCCAAAACUUGUGGAUUUGUCUAGCGGAUUUCCCAUCUUGAUUAUGGUGUGGAGACUCUUUUACAUAGGAUACCCGGAUUGCGACGUUUAUCUGCCCGACAACCCGCGCACCAUUCAGGAGGACGAUAUCCGACGGAAAAAAGCUGGCGCACCAUGUAGAGUUCAAACGUAAAAAACUGAGUUAACAAAAAAAUGGGUACUUAUAACAGGGAAUCAGGUUGAAUGCAUGGCGUCAAUGUUGUACAUGGAGGCAAGUUAUGAAUGUUGAACAAUCAAGUUAAGUAAUACAUGAAGAUGAAAUCAAGUUUGUUGAUGCGUGCGGUUGCAUGGAGUCACGUUAUGAACUGGAAUUAAGACUUAUUCUUAUUGAAGAAUCCAUCAAGGAAGCCACUGCAGCUUCACGACUCUUAUGUCAUUUUGUUGCUUUGCUUCUUUGUGAAUGUGAUUUUCCCACCCUGUAGUUCAUUCUGCCCCCGUUCUUUGGUGUACGGCGCCUCCGCUGUCUCACGUUCCCGCCGGAAUGAGCUUUUCUUCUGGUGGACAGGGAGUACCUCAUGAAUUUUGCGUCCGAUAGUCUCGGCGCUUUCGCGUCCGCUCGGAGCUUUCUUCCAGAGACCUCGGAAGAAGCCUCCGCCUUUGGACUUUUGCGUCCGAAAUUUCACCUCCGGGAGGCCCGAAUUCCUUCCUUCUUACGUGAUUGCCAUUAAUACAUCAAGAACAAGGAAAUGAAAUGCAACAUCGCGGCAGCGCUUUCGGGCGGGUCCGCGCAGUUGUCUGAAAGCUCUCACCCGCGCAGACUGCUAGGCUCGGGGUUUUCUGGUCAAUUCUCGCCCCCUGUGCCCGAACCUCGUCCACUGCCCAUCGAGUUGGCGAAAGGACGAAAGACACGGUGCGAGACCCGCAGUGCCCUGCAAGCAGGAACUACUUGCGACGCUAUAAAUAUUACUGCCGUGGGUAGUACAACAAUGUAUACGCUGCGAAGCAAAAACUGAGGGCGUGAAAUGGGUCAUUAAAGUUCUGAAUCGUUCUGUAUGGGGCGUCGCGCUCUGCUUGCUGGCAUGCCUCUACUGACCAAUCGUUGGCAGUUCCCGAGUGGCUGGCGUCGUAUUUGCGACUGAUCGAGGUAGCGUUCGACUGCGUACGAGCUUGCUAAAAGUGCUUCCUCGCCUGCCCCCCACCGGGGAUCUCUAGCCUGUGGCGCCGCUGGGUGCUUGUGACCACUUUUUUAUGAUAAAAAAUGCAUGACGAUGCUGAAAAUGAUGAUGAUCAUGGGGCCCAUAUCUCGCACUCGGGUUUCGUUCAGUCUUCAAAAAGUAUGGGGACGCAUCGGGCCGAGAAGUCCGAGAUCCUCCGCCUGUGGGAGGUCCGAAACUUUGCACUUUGCGUCCGGGAGGCCCGGGACUUUCUCUCCGGCCUGGGGGGCCCGGGAGCCUCUGGGAGGGGAUGCUGGGACACAAAGGCCUGGGAAUCCUGGUGCUUCCACACCUUCGAGUGAAAAUGUGUAUCAGCGCUUAGCCUUUCGCCUCUGCGCCGGGGCCGCACAGGUGACAGCUUCGCACAGGCGACAGCUUUAGUAAAAAUCGAUUCCAACAACUCCAAGCGUCAACUUGAUUCCAGGAAUUUGGGCCCCAAAAAAUAUGUUUGGGUACAGCGGGAAUGUGACAAGUUUAUUGCAAUUUGAGUUCUAUUAACACCAUGAAAUGUAGCGCUUUGCUUUUUCCCUUUGAUGGACAAAAAUGAGUACUUGAAUAAGACGGACGACGUCCUGGAUGAUCCACAACUUUUGAUCGGCGACCAUCGGACUUUCCCGGAGGUACUGAAUCUGAACGAAGCCACGAAGAGCAAGAGGAUCGUGGAGGAAUGGCCGCCCUUCGAGCAGGUCGAUUCGUCCGUACCGCAACCUUCGAGUGCUGCUCCCCCGGAGCCCAACAUCAAAACAAACACGAGUUCGACUGGCAUUCGGCUGCACGACAUGUUUCCCAACUUUGCGCCUUGUCACACGACCCAUGGGCGCUACUCGUCUUUUUACGAGAUGCUCCAGUGCGAAACCCAACGAACCGGCUGCGAAUGGACCCUGUUUUCCUGUCACCCUUGGGCGCUGAGUUGCAUCUGUACCACCGAGCUUUUGGACAUGGUUGCGAAACAAGAAGAGUUCUUGAAGCGCGAUUGCAAGCUUGUCGUGUUCUCUUGCGACUCGGAGGAGACCCAAUGGCAGUGGGCCGCGGACAUUCUCGCGCUCUUCCGGCACAACCAGCUAUCAACAUGAAAGUUCCUGCCUCACCACCCAAAAUGUUCCGGAACAGAGUUCCUUCGGUUGCAUUGUGAUUCAUUGGUUGCGGACACAAUCGAAAAGCUAGAAUGGUAUUCCCAGCGCAAGGCUCGUGGGCUGGGUUGAUUUGUCCAGCCUUUUGAUGGCAUUGGAUGCAGUCGUAGCCCGAUAGGUGGACAAGCCGACUACUUUCGACUUAUAUACUAUCUUCCUGCACGGCCGAUGGCCUGCACACACGAAUGAUCUUCACGCUGACGAAGUCAGACGCCUCGAUGGCAGAAAUGGAAAAAAAAUUCGCUUUCAGUAAUAUUGGGGGAGAGGGUUCUUUCGUAGGAUGCCGCUAUCUCUCCAGCUCCGCGAUCCCGCUUGAGCAGAUGCCCAUCGACACACAGAAACUGGUCCAUGACGAGAAGAAGCAAGGAGACGCGGCCGCACACCGCAAGGGGAGAGCUCAUCUCCUGACUCCAAUUCCGCAAAGCUCGCAGAAAGUCAGAACUGGGCUGCGCUCCAGCGCCAUUAUCCCAGAGAAAAAAGCUGGCAGGGCAUAUUUGUAAUGCAAAAAUACAUACACGCAAAAAGAAAAACUUGUCAUGGGUGGCCCCAUAGCAUGCUGCUUCGGAUACGCAAUGCAGAUUUUUUUAUGUAUUUAUUUUUGCAUUACAAAUAUGCCCUGCCAGCUUUUUUCUGUGUGAUAGCCAUGAUGGGCUCUGGCGCAGCACAUCUCGAACUCGGAUCAAGCCAUAGCUACGACCAACAGAAGCCUGCGAGGCCGCCAAGUGGCAACAGUGUUCCGUUGUACAACCGGAUCACGUUGGAUCACGAGGAUACCAUCGAACCGACAGUUUUGGAAGAAGAAUACACCAUGUUUAUGGAGAUACAAACUGGUGUGAGCAAUUCUUUUCCUAGAAGUCUGCAUCUCCUGGGGAAUGUAGCACUUUUAACAACGUCUGACCCUGCAGUUGGCACACUUUUUUUUUUGCGUUUCGGUUUUCGAAAGAAAUUGUUUGCUCCUUAUAGGCAGGAUCUUCUAGGGUAAGAAUUCACACAACUUGUAUCGACUUAUAGAGUUGGUGGGGGCCAACGGCAAGAAGCGUCCCAAAAACUACACCGAGAACGUCAACAACAAGGGAGUCGAAGGCAUGAAGAUCGAGAAAAGCAGGGGCAAUGCCACCACACAGGCACACCGCCCAACCAAAAAAGAAGAAGAAGAAGCGAUGCUCGUGAAAGUUGACAAAAAGUCGAUCUUGGAAGAUCUCCAGAAAAUGCAGGAGGACCACCACCACGGAGGUCUGGGAAUUAUGAAUACCAUGCAAAAAAUUUUCACCUUUGGAGGCGCUCUAUCCUCCAACCAGGAAAGCCUCCCAGCACCCUCCUCUACCCCCACAAAAGGCCAGACGGCUACCGGGUCCACUACGUCUGCAACAGCUGUUGAUGCGUCGGCGACCAUGACCAAUGCUAGUGGUAGUGAGCUGGGCUUCGGAAUCGACGCCGCCGGACCGAUACCGAUUUUGAGCAACCAAUCAGGCGGUGUUGUGGUCGGUACUACGUCGGAAAUUUGAUUGCACAAUAUGGCAAAUGAGUCUGAGUGGUCUCCAACUCUCAAACAUGCUGCACCAGUUUGAUUUUACCCAAGCCCUGAAUUUUGCAAACCAAGCACGGCCAUGUAUAUCUAUAAUAUAAGAUAAAAAAUAACAAGGCUCGUUUAACGACCUGCGCAGAUUGGAUUUUUCGCCAACGCACCGGCGUCAGCAUCAGAUGUCCGGCCCAGGCAAUGAAGAUUCCAUUCGCGAGGAGCAAGGUGUAGUUCUCGACGUAAAAAAGCAAGCGGGUACCACCUCGAAAGUCGAUGGCUCUGCCGAAGCUACGACCGGCGCCGGUGCAGUCGCCGAGUUACCGGUGGACGGGAUCCCGCGCACCGGUACUCAAAGCUCUUGUGAAGGGGACUAUAAAGAUGAAAAGUGCACCUCCGCUCCAGAAUGUGGAAAGGUUUGGAUUGCAAUAUUUUCUGCCUCUCAUGGGAAUACUUGUCACGCGGUAUUUAUAUUUUUGCAAAACGUGGGUGAGGACCAAGAGUAGCAUUCACCUGCUGUAAAGCACAACGCCGCAGUGCUACAGUCGAACGAUGCUUCUCAACAUUAGAACAUGCCGAGAUCUUGAAGCGGAAUAUGUCGCAUUUGUUCCUUCCUAAAAGACGAAAAUAAAACUUUUUGUCGUUAGAGAUGUUUCUGAUCUAACAGUAAGAGAAAAAAUUUACGCAAGACAAGAUUGCGCUCCUCUUUGCGGUCGGAUUAGCAAGACGAAGCGUGUUCAUAUGUAGUGAGGUCACCGAACGGUUCUAACCGGAGAGUUUUUUUGCCAUGUCCCGUGAAAAACGGCCGGCAGUUUCCAAGCGGGCGGAAGCGUUUUUGGACAUAAAAAAUUUGCAAUUAUCAAGCGGCCGGGGCUUUGCCGUCAAACAAGCCCGGUCGAAAACUAUCGACUCGCACUUGAUAAAACGACGCCGGGGAGCCGGCAAAAGGGGCGCCCUUCUGAGGCGCCCGCCGCCUUGGUUUCUGGCGAUUUCGGGCGCCCAAAAAGGGGCGCGCAGAAAACGCGCCCAAAGUCAGAACAGCGAAACAGCAUGGCACGGCCGCGAUUUGGGAGCAUUUUGGGCGGCCGCGAAAGCGGCCGCCUUUUCGCCGGUUUUAGAGCCUGGGAAGCUUUGCAAAAAGCGCCGGCGUGAAAAAUAAAAACGCGAAAAAUAAAAAGCGCGCCAGACGCGCAAAGCCAAUCCGCAUGCUAUGGGCCCGGUUUUUCUUCGCUUUUUGGGCGCCCCCCGUGGCACCCAGAUCGGCCCCAUAGCAUCAGGGCUGGCUUUCGGAAAGGAAUUUUGGAAAUGUGCCAAAAUUUGCGACGUUUCCCAAGUGGCCGCCAUACCGUGCGGCAUAACGUUACUCACGGUGGUAUGGCGACCCCAUAAAAAGCAAAGCCGCGGCCAAGGCGGCGCUCGGCAAAAAAACACCCACGACCUCACUACCCCCGCCCCGGCGGCUAUAUUUGGUACUUUUAUUUAAACUUGAUUGCAAUUCAAACGCUUUUGUUCGCUUUAUUUCAAGUGGCAGGGCAUUUCUCCCUUUGAUAGAGACCAGCAGGUCUCGGAUCAGGGAACGUCGGACAUUGCAGAGGUUGGCAGUGCGGACGACGAUUCCGAGGACGACUUGCGCAGUGCCUUUGACGCAAAGAAUCGUCGUGCACCACGACCACAACUUCCGCUUUUAAAGCCGGACCUCCCAGGGAAUACCUCCGGGCUCCGGGAUGUGUUCCAGCAAGACGAGGAUGUCUUGAGCGGAGUCGACAUGCGACUGAAGAAAGUCAAUUAUGCUGCUAGCAGUGUUGCCGCCACGAACGAGCGAGGUUCCAUCUUUUUUGACGAAUGCAACGGAGUAGAUGACACGGCCUCUGCACCCCCGGCUUUCCCCUUGUUUGAUGACUGCGAAGUUAAUGCUGCCGGCGCAGAGUGGGAGAAGCGGCGCGAAAAGCAAAACGCCGCGAAAUUCUCGAACACGAAGAGGGGCGGGAGACGAAAGGACGUGGGUCCGACUGUGGACGAGAACGGGGUAUCCCAGAGCGAUAAAGAAUCCUGGGCCCGGUUGAGCGUUCCUAUCGUAGCGGACCCGGAGCGACACAUCGCGAGGCAGCUGGGCAUGCUCGAUAACAACGACGUACUUAUCCUAUAUAUACUAGCAAUGCCAGCUUCGCCUUUAAUUAGGCAUUAGAAGAAACGCAAACGACAAUUUCUAGAUAACAAAGCAAAAAGAAAAAAGCGCCGGCCCCAAAAGCGCCGGCGCGCCCAAUCCGAUCGUCGCGGCGCAGGCACGCCCAAUGUGGUCGCCCCGGCUCCGGCGCGCCCACAUUGGUCGUCCCGGCUCCGGCGUUCCCAGUCUGGUCAACCCGGCUCCGGCGCGCCCAAUCUGGUCGUCCCGGCUCCGGCGCCCCCAAUCUGGUCGCCCCCGGCUCUCGCGCGCGCGAUCUAUAAUCGUCCCGGCUCCGGCGGGCCUAGAUUGGUCGCCCCGGCUACAGUGCGCCCAGCCUUGUCGUCCCGGCUCCGCUGGUCGCCCCGACUCCGGCGCGUCCGACCUGGUCGGCCCGGCUGGCUCCGGCACGCCUAGAGGUCGCCCCGGUCCCGGCGAUCCCGGUCCCGGCGAGGGACGUUGGUUUUCAAACUCGAAGUUGAUUCUCGAGAGGCGGCCACACUGCUCUCUCCUAGUCGUGUGCCAGUUCGCGAAAAGAUGUAAGCCCGCGUCUGUCUAUCGAGGGCAAGAGGAAGCGGCAACGCCAAUCGCCACCUAUCUAAAGCAAAAAAAAAGCUCGAGCUUGAUCGUCAAAGUCGAAGCUAACUCUCACACUCGAAGUUGAUCGCCAAACACGAAAUUGAUUCUCAAACUCGAACGUGAUUGUCGCACUCGAGUUUGAUUCUCAAACUGUGUUUCUGACUGCCAUACGAGCUUGAAAUUAAUUGUGCUUAUGAGUGCCAUAUCUGUAUCGUGACAUGGAUGAUUUGUUGAGAGUUGUGGCCGCAUUUCGAAAAAUAAAUCCACCAUCAGGUAAAAAAGGCUUCUGAGUUCCCCCGUCCGUUACGGAAUGCGACAUACAAGAAGUCGACCCGAAAUUAUAUUUGUAUGUAGUGACGAGGUCACGAGCACGACCGCACGGCUUUAGCCUCGUAGUUUUUUCGACAUGUCUUGCUAAGAACGGCCGGCAGUUUUCAGGGCUGGCGUAAAGCGUGCUUUUACUUUAGUAAAAAUCAAGCGGCCCAGUCUGAUUGGCUAUGUGAGGGGACUCCAUCGUUCACUGAUCCAAAAAACGGCGAUGGCGAGCCAGCAAAGGCGCGCCCUUCUGGGGCUCCCGCCGCUUUAGUUUCCGGCCGUUUGGGACGUCCGAAAAGGCGCCCAGAAAAAAUGCGCGCGAAAUCAUCAGAACAGCGGAACCGCGCGGAGCGGCCUCGAUUUCGGAGCAUUUUAGGCCAUCGCUGAAGCUGCCGCCCUUCCUUUCGUCGGUUUGUGAUGCUGGGGAGCUUAUUUGCAAUAAAGAAAAAGCGCGCCAAACACAGGAAGCCAGUAUGUAUGGCAAAAUAUAUUUGCGGCAUUUUCUUACUGGCCGCCAUCCCGCUCCGCCUAAGAAAUCCUAAUGAAUGUACGUAUGAGGGCACGGGGCAUGUGCCUUGUGAAUGAACCGUUGGCAUCCACGAGGGCACGGGGCACCCGCGAGAAGCUAAAUCGCUGCGGGCCCGCUGCUUUUCAGCCCGGGGCAAGAAAGCGCCAACCCUCACUACCAACGUCCGCCCUGGCGGUUGUAUUUGGCCAAGUUCCCUCGGAGCGUGCAUUGUUGAUAUUUCGCGCAUGCUUCCAGGAACUUCGAUAGAACUUCAGACAGCUACUCGCCUCUUUAAGAGGCGAGCACGCCAUUGAUAUUUUGUGCAUGUGCUAGCGGCUACGGUGUGGGUUUCCGUGGGGCGCUGCCUAACUCCUAACGCCCCGCGCGAUUACUAUGCGAUAGGCGCGAGCGCGCCCACCCAAAGGCGCGAUGCGGAUGAGGGCCUACCUGAAGGCGCGCAGCCGGCUGUGCCACGAAGACCGACGGCGCGGGCCACGAGCCUGCCGCGUGUGGCUACGGCCGGCCGCAGUAGCGCGCCCGGAACCCAUGCCGCUAUGUAUUGCGCUGCCUGGGUGAGAAGAUUCGAGACACUCAAGCGCCGCCAGCACGUCGAGCCCCCCACCGCCAUUUUGGAUCGGGAAGGGUCGCGGGGGAUCGUGGAAAGCGUCAAACUGUCGCCGCGUGGCGAUGCAUGUCGUAAGAAGCCGAGGCAGCGUACUCAUUCAUUGGGCGCGCUGCUGGGUUGUUGGGCCUGGGGGCUGGCAUAGCAGGGCGCGCGAGCGGUUGAGGUGUCAGCCGGUGGCAGACGAGACUCCGGCCCCAGCCAGGACUGCGGUGCGGGGCGGGGGUAACAAGCUGCGCUGCCCAGUGGCCAAGCCAACGGCCGCAGCCAUAGCCGCCACGCCAUGGCGCAACGUGAGACACCAGCGCCCCAGCGAAACAGGGACCGGGGCACGCGGUGCCCAAGGGCCCGGGGCAGUACGCGAACGCCGCAACACUACGAGCCCCACACAGGGUCAGGCCCGUGCGAGUCGGCCGCAUGGUCCAGGGCCUUGCCAUUAGCACGGGGGAUGUCCGGCAUUCGUAAUUGUAUGGGGAAAAUUAUUGCGGCCCCGGCAAGUGAUGAUUGUCGCGUUCUUUGCAACCCAGGAGGGACACGGCGCUGCAGUGGCGUCCUACUGCACGCCUCUACCAAGUAGAGUACCUAGGUUUCCACACGUCGCCCAUGGCCCUUGACCUUGCUAGAACAUCGAAAAUGGCGGGACGACUCCCAGUAUUUUUCUUUUGAUCUCCGGUGCGCGGGAUGUACCUUAUUGACCCGCAUGGUAUCGUGAAAAUGAUUAUCAACCUCCCGAUUAUGACCGGACGUGAUCUCCGAGAACCGCUCCGCGUGUUGGACGCCUCUCGUUUGGUGCACGCGUGUCCUUUCGUCGGUACGCCCGCUCGAUGGCACAAGGGAGGCCGUGUCGUUCUGAUGCCAGGCGUAUCAGAGUGAAAAGCGCCUCCACCUCAGGACGUUGCUGCAUUUGUAUUGCAAAUCUCCUUACGCUUACCAGUGCAAAGGCAAACAUUGCAUAUCCUAGCAAGAACGCAAAUUUUCGAUACAGAACACAAUGGAAAAAAAUGUUUUGCAAAUAAAAGGCUCAACAACGAGAAAAGCGGGACUUGUCAUGUACGAGCUGCUUGACACAAUUAGAAUCUGAGGCAGACGCGGACUUCGCCCAAGCAGGCAAGAUACAGUGAGUCUUCGCUCAAGCAUGCGCAGGCAAUAGUCGUCAAGUGGAUGAGUAUGGUUUGGCGUCCUGUCAAUGAAAGUAUGCAAUACCGACAAAGAGCGGAUGAGUAUCGAUUGAGGCGCGAAUCAUGAACAAAGCAUGUAAGACAAAAAGUUGCAUGAGCUUGGCGAUGGCUUCCGUCCGCUUGGCUCCGCGAUCUGGCGGCCUGACCAUCUGCAGACAGGUUUCCAAUAGGUUGCGUCCGUCCUUGCGGUCAGAUUAACACCACAAGUGGAUUUGGAAACAAACUUUGCAACAAGCAUCUGAAACUUCUGAAGGUUGGGCACUUUUCAACUCGAUGGGCCGUGAGUCCCGAUAUCGCUGCAGAGGACUUGAAGUUAAGGCAUAUUCGCGUCGCGCAGGUGUACGGGGAUUCCAAGUAUCACUCCUAUCGAGAACCUCAGGAAUUGCCGUACCUGAUGUUCUACGCACUGCAAAAGUAUCGCACUAUUUUAAACCGCAUGAAAGAAAAGGAAGGAUGGAGAUGGUUCUUUUUGUCUGGGCAUAUUCGACUAGGGAUUUUUUGCGGUCCACUAUCGAUCCCAAGGUUGCAAUUUUUGCAAGUGCGACACUUUUGCACAGGAUGCGUUCUGUGACCAACCCACCGAGCAGACUUUGCCCGACUGGGUCCAGGGGUACUUCUCAAAUCUUAUUCGUUAUUGGUGGCGAUCGUAACAGUGAAUUGUAAUUGAAUCGAUUGAUUAUGAUGGGUCAAAUAUUAAAGUAGGCUACAGAAGCUCCGCGUGCACGUGUCAGACUUGUUACUCAAUUACACGCCAUAUGGUAGAAGGCGAAGGAGUAGGAGAGCGAAAACAGAGGAGCCGCAUGAAGCUUAUUGAAAAAAUAAAAAAUAAAGGAUGGCAGCAGGAAAAACGUCACGCAGCCCGCCCGUGCUUUCUCGCUGAAGAAAGUGCCGCGGGUUUGGCCCUUGGCCGUUUGGCCAAGCGCCAAAUGUUUGUUUGGCCGUGCGGCUUCGGCGUAGGCGCUCGGCCGCGCGGCCUCGUAUUUGGCCUUUGGCCGCGCGGCCCCCUUCGGCAGGCUUUGGCUUUUCUUUGGCCGCACGGCCUCGGUCUUGGGGCUUCUUCGCGCGCGCGACCUGGGCCUUGGCGCUUCUUUUGCCGCACGGCCUCGGCUUACUUUGGACGCGGCCCCAGCCGGCUUUAGGCACGGCUUCGGCCUUGGGCGAGGCCUCGGCUUCUGGCCGGGCCUCGGUUUUGGGCGUUGCCUCUCCCUUCGGCGCGGCCUCGGCUUGGGGCGCGAAGCGGCUUAGGGUUUAAGGCCGGGCGUACAGUUUAGGCUUAGCAAAAGCACCAAGAAGCAACAGCAAUAGCGAACAGCGAAAACAACUUGUUAGCAUGAGCAAACGCCCACAAAAAAACAAAAAUAGCGAAUGUGUGUAAAUAGCAGGCUUGUGCACUCGUAUUUGAUAGAGAUUCGUUUGUGAUUUGCAUCGAAAUAGAGAGUCGCGCGCCCAUCCGGCAUGUACUCACUCACACAGCUUUUCGGCGAACUUGGAGAGGAGACGUGAAAUCGAGGCACAGCAGUUGCGGGAUGCGGUUGCGGAGUUCGGUCCGGAAAUCUUGGGCGAUCGUAAAGAUGAACAUGAACAAAACGAGAUGGACAAACCAGUGCCAUUUACAGUCGCAGAACAAGACGGUGACGGACCAACGAAAAGCUUGACGGAUUCGGCGUCGCAGCGUUUGACCCUGCCGGCGUUUCCAUCGGACCUCGUGGUUGAUGCUUCGGCGACGGGCAAGCGACAAAUUUCCUCCGAAUUGGCGAACACCGUUUCGUCGAGCAACACACACGAAGAUGAUGACGCGGAGUGCGUGGAUUCACCGGGCGGAGAGGCGCAUCGGCGUAAAUCCGAAAAAACGAACAAGAAAAAAAGAGCGCAGAAAGUGGAGAAACCAAAGAGAAGACCCCAGAAAACGCUCGGGUAUACGAGACACCUCGACUGGACUCAACUAAUUGAUAUGUUCCUCGACGAGGCAAACGUACAGAAGGUGCAGCGGCUAGAUCGCGAAGCAAAUUGGCUGGCGCGUUCGGGCCACGGCAACUCCGCCUUCGCGCAAUCCGAGCAAGCCCAGCGACGGCAAGGAAGUUUCGCAGGUGAACCUUCCAGAACCAGAGCGGCUAGCGAACGGCCACCACAAGGAGACGUCGGAUCGGCCGGUCAUAGAAUCAAGGACAAUCGGAAGCGGAUCAACGAUAAGUUCGGCGCUGUCAUUGAGACCGAGCUGGAAGAUGCUGACGCGAAGCAGCACGAAAAGCUGGAGCGCAAUACUAGCAACGAAGAUGGCACUAGCAACGAGCAUAAUAUGUCCGACAAGAAGAUUGUGCCCGAAUCGAAGAUGAACUAUCCACUGCAGCAAGAGCAGGAGUAAUCCACAUGAAAGAAACGAAAAAAAAAUCAUUUACGUAUCGAUGUUGGUUUGACUUUAAGUACUAUGAAUGAGUGACGAACAGUACUUGGUUACAGACUUCAGCACGACAGAGAAGUUCCGCAGAAUUCAGAACGACAAUUAUUUAAAGAAUGUGCGUUUAAAUGAAAAAUCCACAGCACCAAAAAGUACUAGCAACGUCUUCGUAGCUACAGGUACGGAAUGCUUCGGAUCGAGGCUCAUCAGCAUUAUUAAGACGAGGCUCACAAACGUUUAAAACGCUCUCGUUACCGCGUUGCAGCAGGAACAUGAACAGAGACAAGGAAGUAGUGAAGAUCUAUUUUAAUUUUUGAGAGUGACCCGACCGGUGGGGUUGGUCAUAGCAUGCGGGAAAAAGUGAAAAUUUAUGACUUUUCGUUUAAGCCGACCUGAUUCAACUUAAAAAAUUGGCUUUUUUUUUUUCUGAAGCGAAAAAGAAACAAAGGAAAAAACCUCAACCAAAUCGCUAGAAAUUCCGAUGGGUCUGAUGCCCUGCGCGCGCGCGCGUUUUACAAAAUUUGGCCCCGCCCUCUGUCUCAGACAGCGGCAGGCCCCCGGGGCUCUAUUUUCCCUGCUUUGCCUGCUUCGCCUGCUUUGCCUGCUUUGCCUGCUUCGUGCCUUGCCGGGGGCCGGGCCAGCCAGCUACGCACGCGCGCGCUAUUUUUACGACCUGGGCCUUUCGGGCUUAAGUAUGUACAGAAAACGAGCACCGCUCUAGGAUGGAUGCGCUCUCCCCUCUGGCCAAUGAGGAGCCGAGGAUGGCAGCAAAACAAAUACAGGGCAAACGCGGGAACCUGCUCCAUCUUUUCAAAUGUGAACAAACGACCGCUAGGGCCUAGCCUUUUUUUGGCACACGUGACAAAAUGGCUGCCGGGGACGCGCUCUAUUUGAUUUCUUUAGUUACACGUGAAAAAAUCGCCGACAGGUAGACGCCUCAUUCCUUCAUAUGUGAACGAAUGGGCGCCGGGGGCAAAUUUCGCUGCUUGUUUGUUCUUGCUGGAUGCAUGCAAACCCGGGCGAACGUUCUUGCUGGAUGCAUGCUUCCCUCCUCUAGUGUCUUUCUAGGGUCACGGAAAGAAAAAGGAAGAAAGGGGCAAACUUUAUUUUUUCACAUGCCGAAAAAGCCCGCCCCCGCCGGGAAUAGCUUCCAUUUUUUCACGUGUGAAAAAAUGGCCGCCAGGAAAAAGGUCCCUCUCCAUUCUUUCACAUGCGAAUAGCAGCCAGCGACAAGUUUCAUUUUUUCACAUGUGAAAAAAUGGCCCCCGCGGGCAAGGUGAGUCCUAUUCACAUCCGAGAAAACGGCUGCGCAUGCGCAAAAAUGUCCGCCAGGAACAGGGCGCAUGCUUUCACAUGUGAAAAAAUAGCAGACAGAAUUAGCGCCACUGUUUCACGUGGUUGCAUAGCACACGGAAGCAGCUUCAUUUUUUCACAUGUGAAAAAAAUUUUUCACAUGUGAAAAAAUCGCAGCACUUCAAUUUUUCAAAUAUCAACUCACAUGGGAACAAAAUUAAUGGCAGCCGGGAACAGGCUUCAUUUCUCCACAUGUUAAAAAAUGAUCGCUGAGAGAUUCGGUAGGCGAAAACCGAGGGGGCACUGGUGGAAGAUUCGCGCCAGGACAUGCGAAAGAUUUCGCCCCUAGCCAAGAUCUCAAUCGUGCGCACAUUUUUCACAAAUCUUUCGCGGGCCUUUCGCAGAUCAUGCCCCGCCUUUUCAUAUGUGGGGAAAUGGUCGACAGGCAGUGGGAAGAGCUUCACUCUUUCACGUUUGAAAAAAUGGGCGCCGGGAACAAGUUUGAUCUUUCCACACAUGACAGAAUAGCUAUCAGGAGAACGUCCCACCGUUUCGGCCACGCGCGAAAAAAUGGCAGCCGGGAGCAAGCAGCUUUUGUUUUUUCACAUGCGGGAAAAUGGCUGCCAGGGAGAGAGUGCAUUUUUUCACACAUAAAAGAUAGGUGGCCGCAUGAAACAGGCUCCCUCCAUUUACUUUGUUACAUGUGAGCAAAUGUCUGCCAGGAGCAAGCACAAGCGUGCGGCACAUGUCAAAAAAAAGGCGAGUCGCACCAGGAAGAGGCUCCGUUUUUUCAAAUGUGAAAAAGUGGCUGGUAGGUACAGGCUUCAUUUUUUCAAUCACGUGCGCAAAAAUGGCUGCCAAAAACAGACGCCAUUUUUUCACAUGUGAAAAAACCCCGAAAAGAACGCAGCGCACUUCUCGCAUGUGCAAGGGUAGCCGACAAGAAGCAGACUCAUUUUCUCACAUGUCAAAAAAUGACUGCCAGAAAAUGUUCGUUGCGCCCUUUCACAUUUGGGAGAGUAGAUGCCAAAAAGAAGCUGCGCGCCCCAUUCACAGGCGAGAAAACAGCAGCCAGACAGCAGGCCUGCUGUAUACGCGUGAAGGUGGGAGCCCUGCCUUCCCCGGUCCCUGGAGGCAUCGCCUUGGUUGCCUCCGCCUAUUUGUCUUUUUCCGCCCGCCGUUGCCUCCUGCGGGCAGAACUGCUUCGCGGGCGGAUCUACAGAAGCCGCCCCGCGCCGAACGCGGGGACUCUUCCGUUUGCUUCCUUUGCAACGCUGGAGGGCCCGCCUUUCAUUCCCCAGGAAAGACCUGCCCUGGUGAAAAUUCCCCGCACUGCCUUGCCUUUUUGUGAUGGACCACCCCGGCCCCAAUAAAAGGGGGAAUGGAGAGGGUCCCCCGCCCUUGCCUUCUCUUUCCAAUGUUAGUGUUAGAGGGGGAAACAAAGGUGUCCCGGCUGGGCUUGCAUUCUUUCCCAAUGUUGAGAGAGGGGGCGGACAUGCGGCCCUUUUCCAAUGUUAAGACGGGGGGCGGAGCAGGCGGCCCGGCAAAGCAGGCAAAGCAGGCAAAGCAGGCAAAGCGGGCAAAGCGGUGAAAUUCCGUAAAAUACGCGCGCGCGAACUUUCAAUGUUUCCCCGGCGGAAUGACACAGACCCCACCGGCCGGGUUGUUCUGUAAUUUUUAUGUUAUGGAUACUAAAUUGCAUUGUAUCCGAUUGUGAUGUCGAUUUCUC